CACGGUCUUGACAACACUUGGGACCCCAAAUUCAUUACCUCGCGGUAUCAGCCUUGCCAUCUUGUCCGCAGACUGGCAUGCUAGGUAAAGUCCGGUAGAACGUGGGACUACCGAUAGCCCAUCGGACAUUUCGCCUGCCAUGACGGACGCCUCCUCCCAUCUGCCCCUCUUCCGCCCUAGCGUGUAUGCACCCGCAUCCUUCUCGCCAGCCCUAUCCGCCCCAAAUCCGACAUAUACCUGGUCAACCGCGAGCAAAAAGCGUUCGCUGGCUCCUGGACCUCGGCACUCGAUGUGUCCGCCAAAUGCAUCCAAUGAACGACAUGGAGCACCGGAUGGGUUGCUGUUCAUCACGGGGACGUCGCUGGAGGAUUUCAAGUCCAGGAAGAAUAUGACUAGCGUGCGGAAGAAGGCGAUGGGGAGUUAUUUGAAGGAGAAGAAGCCGAAAGCGACGCAGAAAGAGCAGCAAUGUACAGGAAGAUCGAGCAUUGACUCGGCCGGCUCGCGGGGGAGCAUAGAGGGUGACCAGAACGAUGUAAUUUCGAAUACCGAGGCGAUUAAGCUUAUGAAUGGGGAUGGGAGGAGGAGGAGGAAGUCGUCGCAUAGUACGGCGGUCACGAGUAGUCCGGAGACUAUACGACGGACACCAGAAGCGCAGGUCUCGCGGCUGCCAAGAAUCACCAUGGACUUUGUUCUGCCCAGUGGCCCCAUCGUCGUCCCGUCCCGGACGGGGGUGCCUCUGCCGUACGACGAGACUUCGCCAAAGCCAUUCCAGUCCAUAGGCAAGCCGCUCGAUCCGUUCCGCACCAUGUUCCAGGCGAGCCAUCCGCAGGUGUCGGUUGAAGAGCUGAAGUUCCACUGUUCACGGGCCUUCGGAACGAAGGCAAUGGGCAUGCACUGGAUACCCACGCUGGUCAAGUCUCCGCACGCUUUCCUGAGCACGCUGUGUAUUGCGUCAGCACAUUACGACGCUAUCCACGAGCGGGAGAUUGAGAGCGUGCAGACACUUGCGCUGCGGCAGGAGGUUAUGCAUCUGAUCAGUCAGAGUCUACUCAAUCCAGAAACGCGCGGAGACGACUACAACGUCGUUGCACUCACGCAGUUGAUUGCGAGCGAGAUCAUCGCAGGCGAAGACAUGACGCUCAACUUCCACGAGACCGGAAUUGAAGCCAUGGUCCGGCAAAGAGGAGGAUUAGGGAAACUUGGCGUGAAUGGACGUUUAGCAACUACCCUAUCCUGGGUAUCCCUAGAAUCCGCAAUCCUCCGCGAAGCAACGCCGCGCCCACAGUACGUCGCGCACGCCUCAACAACAUCCACACGAAGCUACCCCAACACCGCCACCAUCCCAGAAUCCCCGCUAUACUGCCCGCGCAGUGAGUUCGAGACCAUCAAGCGCUCAUCACGGUGCUCGCCGCAGGCAAUGGAUCUGCUGAAGGACAUGCGCAUGAUGAUGGAUCUGUUCCUGCACGAGACCAAGCAGAGCCGGCACAACUCCCUUUCCUUGAAAAAUAUUCACAGGAAGAUCACAACGCAGUAUCCGCCCGUCUCCGAGACUCAGAAAAAUGUUGUCCUGACGCCGAACGACUGGAGAUACGAAGCAAUUCGUAUAGGAGCGGUGUUAACGGCGAAUGCGAUAUUGCAGCGCAUGCCCCUGUCCGAAGCACUCGCGCAUAUCGGCGAGAUCGAGCUCUCACGGACAUUAGAAGACAUUCCAUCAACGACGCCCAUUGAAAGCAUCACACGACAAGACUCCCCCCUCGCCCUCGCUCACCCGCAAAUAAACCCCUUCACCUUCUCACCCUCCACUCCCACCUACGUCCGCCGCCCCUCCAACCCUACAACCACCCUCCUCAAACAUCUCCAAACCGCCCUUACCCACUCCAACCUCUCCGACUGCUGGGCCGACAUGGCCGGCGUGCUUCUGUGGGUCGCGCUGACCGUCGGCGCCGCGAGUCGCAAGGCUGAUAGCAAGGUGCUGCGGAAGUGGUUCAAGGCGCUGGCGCUGAGGGUGAGUAUUAUUCUGUGUUUUGAGCAUCCGGAGGCGAUGUGUGCUAGUUUGUUAAGGAUGGGAGAUUUGAUAUCCGCAAUCGAAGAGGGGGGGAAGGGUGAGGACAGGGGAAAGAGGAGGAGAGGGUAGGGUCAGGUAUGAGACGUUGUGGGACGAUGCGCUUGAUUUCUGCUUUGUUUUACUUGAGCUUGUGGGGGCGGGUUUGUGUUAUGGUUGGCGUUGAUCUGGGCAAGCACUCGUGGACUUUGGCCAUUGCACUACAUUUGGAUACCUUGGGUGCGGUUUGGGCAGUCUUGUAUAGUUGGAGUACUAGCUCUAGAAAUCUUUGAACUCUCAGCUUCGAAGAGUCGGAC